AGGCUUCUCCAGUGGGUGGUAUUAUCACUUCUCACUGUCGGGGGCGGUUGUUGGAGCCACAUCAAAAUAAAUACACUUCUCAUAAAGAUCAUUUUGGGAGCAGAUUUUUUUUUUAUCCCCAAAACGAGAUGACCAUGUUGCCAGCCCAGGAGGCGGCCAAGAUCUACCACACCAACUACGUGCGCAACGCCCGCGCGGUAGGAGUGCUAUGGACCGUGUUCACCAUCACGUUCGCAGUUAUCACGGUGGUGGUUUUCAUCCAGCCCUACUGGAUCGGGGACAGCGUCAACACGCCCCAAGCCGGCUACUUUGGCCUCUUCCACUACUGCAUCGGCAAUGCGCUCACCUCGGAGCUCAUCUGUAAAGGCAGCGCUCUGGACUUUGGCUCCAUCCCGUCUGGGGCCUUCAAGACGGCCAUGUUCUUCGUGGGCAUCUCCACGCUGCUGGUGGUGGGCAGCAUCGUGUGCUUCAGCCUCUUCUUCUUUUGCAACGCCGGCAGCGUGUACAAGAUCUGCGCCUGGAUGCAGCUGGCCUCCAGCGCUUGCAUGGUGAUCGGCUGCAUGAUUUAUCCUGACGGCUGGGACUCAGAGGAGGUGAAGCGAAUGUGCGGCCAGCGGACCGACAAAUACACCCUGGGCAACUGCACGGUGCGCUGGGCCUAUAUCCUGGCCAUCAUCAGCAUCAUGGACUCGCUCAUCCUCGCCUUCCUGGCCUUCAGCCUGGGCAGCAGACAGGACAACUUGCUGCCUGAGGACUUCCAAGUGGAGGAGAAAGACAACGCAUGAACCUACUGGAGACCGCCCACGAAGAUCAAAGUUCUUUUGGAUUCACUGCAAAUCCAAAUGUGACAUGGAAGCAAGUGGCAAAUCAUUAUUAUUAACUUUAUUUUAACACAAAACGUGAAUUAGACCAAUA